GCUACACUUGUAACCUUAAAACGGUAAAUCUUGGGAAAUUGAUCGAUUGACCAACCUCCAUCUCCUUACUACGAGUUUCUGGAGUAGUUCUGGAUGACCUUGUGUAAGUAAAAGGUAGGUCAAGGCACUUAUUAUUGGAAGAAAGUAUUUCUGCGGGUUCAUGAGGACAGGAAGUCCAGUAAUUGAAAUCAAGGAUACCGCAAGCCGAUACGAAUUCGCUCGUUCACAGGCAAUUUGGCUAGUCAUAUUUGUACACCGGGAGAGCACAUACACAGGAGUCCAGUCAUCGCUGAAACGAGAAAUCCGGAAAGAACAUUAGUCAUCCUUUUGUAGGCAGCCGCGGCCUGCAUUCAGCUUCCAUCACCUCAAAAGUUAUUCUCAAAUUUGCGGCUUAGUGUAAGAUGAAUAUCGAACAGUUCAGAAAAGCAGGUUACGAGGCAAUAGAUCGCAUUUGUGACUAUUACUAUGCUUUGCAGGAAUCCAAAUUUCCCGUUCUCCCGGAUGUUGAGCCUGGCUAUCUACGUCCUUUGCUCCGUUCCAGUGCUCCCGAAUCUGGGGAGGAUUUCUCGCAGAUUGCAGAGGAUUAUCAAAAAUUGAUUGUCAAAGGAUACACCCAUUGGCAACACCCAUCCUUCUUGGCUUAUUUUCCUGCUGGCUUUAGCUUCGAAGGUGUUUUGGGUGAUCUUUACGCAAGUAGCGUCAGCAAUCCUGGUUUCAAUUGGCUGUCAAGCCCAUCUUGCACCGAACUAGAAUCGAUCGUCCUCGAUUGGGCUUCCAAAAUGUUGGGUUUGAGUUCUUCCUUCUUGAAUGCAUCAGGCGUAGGCGGUGGAUGUUUCCAGAAUACGGCUUCUGAGGCUGCGCUGGUCGCAAUCAUAGCUGCCCGCACGGCCUACAAGGCUGCACACCCUGAUACAAAGUUAGAAGACAUGAGGAUUUACACUUCCACACAAACACACUCGCUCGGUUCAAAGGCUGGUGUGAUCCUCGGACUUACUGUUCGCGCUUUGGAGGUUACCAGGGAGGACAAUUUCUCGCUGAGAGGUCACACUCUGCGUGGUGCGCUGGAGGAAGACAAGAAAAAGGGCCUUCAUCCCUUCAUCUUGAUUGCUACUAUUGGCACAACAUCUUCCGGUGCAGUAGACAAUAUUGCCGAAAUUAGAACAGUGAUCAUUAACUUUCCUGAUAUCAAAAUUCAUGUCGACGCGGCAUGGGCUGGGAUGGCCUUAGUCUGCCCUGAGUUUCGAGAAAUGUGCUAUUUGAAAGAUAUCAAUGCAAUUGCAGAUUCUUUCUCUACAAACUUUCACAAAUGGGGGCUCACAAAUUUUGAUGCUUGUCCUUUGUGGGUGCGAGAUCGAAAACAUCUAGUUGAUGCUUUGGAUAUCACUUGUCCCUUUCUACGCACAGCGCAAGGAGACGCUGGAACCGUUAUUGAUUAUCGAAAUUGGCAUCUGGGUUUGGGACGCCGUUAUCGUUCUCUCAAAUUAUGGUUCGUUCUACGGGGAUACGGAGUGGAAGGCUUCCAGAAACACAUCCGCAAGGCAGUUAAUCUCAACAAAGUUUUUGUCAAGCUUGUCUCGUCCUCGGAUAUGCUUUCACUUUGUGCUCCUCCUUCGUUGGCGCUUUCAGUCUUUCGUAUCAAUCCCAGACCAUCUACGCUCAAUCAAGCAACCCUUCCAGAAGAUGCGUUGAAUGAUCUUAAUAAAUUAUUUUACGGAAGGAUAAGUGUUCGGAAAGAUAUUUUCCUUACUCAGACUGUUUUGAAUGGUCACUUUUGCAUCAGGCUCGCCAUCGGGUCAGCUUUCACACAGGAUGCCCAUAUACGAGAGGCCUUCGAGGUCAUUACGCACGAAGGGAAGUUAACCUUGGAAGCUUGGGAUCGGUUACUACCGCGUGGGCCGUAGAUACAACUUCGACUUUUCAAAAAUAAAAAGUUGCUGCAUUCCCGUACUCCCCCAAAAAAUCAAUAUCACCUGUU